GUAGUUUUAAGUCUCUCAUAUUCAUUUCCUGAUCUUAGAUCUAGUCUGACACUGCUCUAAAGAUCCUCUGUCAAAAAGAUCCAAAAUCCUUCUCUUAUCUAUUGUUUCUUUUACAACACUAAAAUCUUAGACCAAUUCUGCCAUAUUGAGUCCAUAAGUGCUUUUACAGCUAAGUUUGUUCCUUUAAUAUGACACAUCUCUGAGUUUCAAAUCCACAUGCAUGUUUUCAAACUAAUGUUCAAGGUACAAAGAACCAACACACUUCCGUAUUCUAUGAACUAUUGCAUGAAAGCUACUAGUUUCUCAUCCCAAGGUAUAUAUACAUUUAGUAUAUGAUAUCAUGUGUAACAUAGCAUAAUCAAGAACAACAAUAACAAGUUAACAACAUAUUGAGAAUAUUUUCAUUAGCAAAAGAAAUAUCUAUGACUAUAUCUUGCUGGAAACCAACUGUGGAGGGUGAUGAUGGAGAUGUGAAAGGGAAAAUUGAUGGAUUGUUAUGGUAUAAGGAUUUGGGGAACCAUCUUUAUGGUGAAUUUUCAAUGGCUGUAAUUCAAGCUAAUAGUUCAUUGGAGGAUCGUAGCCAACUUGAAUCUGGACCUUUGAGUUCUGAUUAUUUGGGUCCUCAAGGAACCUUUUUUGGUGUAUAUGAUGGUCAUGGUGGAACUGCAGCUGCUCAGUUUGUCAAUGAUAAUCUAUUCUCCAAUUUCAAGAGUUUUGCAGCUGAAGAUCAAGGUGUUUCGGAAAAGGUUAUAAGAAGGGCAUUUUCUGCAACAGAUGAUGGUUUUCUGUCUCUUGUAAAGAAGCAGUGGCUAACCAAGCCACAGAUAGCAUCCGCUGGGACAUGUUGUUUGGCGGGGAUAAUUUGCAACGGUAUGUUGUAUAUUGCAAAUGCUGGAGAUUCAAGAGCGGUGUUAGGAAGAGGGAGGAGGGGAACAAGAGAAACAUUAGCUGUUCAGUUAUCUGUAGAACACAAUGUGAACAUAGAAACUGAGAGAGACGAUGUUCGGUCAAAGCACCCCUAUGAUUCACAGAUUGUGGUUAUGAAACACUCAGUUUGGCGUGUGAAAGGCAUCAUACAGGUUUCAAGAUCCAUAGGUGAUGCAUAUCUAAAGAAAGCAGAAUUUAACCGGGAGCCGCUGCCGCUUAAGUUCAGACUACCUGAAACCUUUUUCAAGCCAAUUCUCAGUAGCGAGCCAUCGAUAUCAGUUCAUAAAAUCCAACCUGAAGAUCAAUUUCUCAUCUUAGCUUCUGAUGGUUUAUGGGAGCAUCUUAGCAACCAAACAGCUGUCAAUAUCGUUAGCAAUAGUCCGCGCAAUGGAAUAGCGAGGAGACUAGUGAAAGCAGCAAUGAGAGAAGCAGCUAAGAAGAGAGAAAUAAGAUUCUCAGACCUUCAAAAGAUUGAACAAGGAGUGAGGAGACAUUUCCAUGAUGAUAUUACAGUAAUUGUUGUAUAUCUAAAUCCUAAACUGAUUGAUAAUACCUCCCAAUGUAUUUCACCUCUUUCGAUCAAAGACCGUAGGCAUGUCAAUUCGUAGAGCAAAGAAUGAAAGAACUCUAAGAAUUUCAUUCAGUACCUGUUUUUAGAAUUGUUGUAUAAAGAAAAUAGGUAGAUAACUUGACAUCACAUUCUCCCACAAUAGUUUAUGGUUAUGGUUGAAUUGAAACUUGAAGAUUAUCAUGGAAACAAUUUCUCUUAAAAUCCCAUGUUGAUAGCUGAAAUUAAGAGACUAGUAAUCAAGCAAAUUUUAAAUGCACAUGAUUCUGUUUGUGAUCUGAUUAAGGAUGUUAUUGGUUUUUAUUGUGUAAA